GCUCGUCAUUCUCAGGGGUUGCGUACCUACAUCAAGAUGUCCAAGAAACUUCACUACUUGAACGUAAACGGCAUUGCCGAGUCUAUCAGGUACAUCCUCCACUAUGGGGGGCAGAAGUUUGAGGACAUCAGGUACGAGCUGUCGGACUGGCCCAUUAAGAGUGUGAAAGACUCACUCCCAUACGGUCAGUUGCCUCUGUACCAGGAGGGCAGCAAAACCCUGAACCAGUCGCUGGCGAUCGCCCGCUACGUGGCCAGCCAGGUCAAGCUCCUGCCCACCGACCCCUGGGAACAGGCCGUGCUCGAUGCCAUCGUCUUCAACAUCUACGACUUCUGGAGCAAGAUCGUCACCUUCAUCAAGGAGACUGAUGCUACUCGGAAGGAGGCCAUUAAGAAAGAAAUCAUCAACGAAUCAGUUGAUUUCUUCUUCUCUCGCUUUGAAAAGGAACUGAAAGCCAACAAGGGCUACUUCAAUGGCAAGCUGAGCUGGGCCGACUUCAUCCUGGUGGGCAUCGUUGAGAGCGCCAACCUGUUCCUCGGCACGGAAAUCGAGAAGAAGUACCCCAGCGUGACCGCGCUCGUGAAGACCGUGCGCUCGCUCCCCGGCGUCAAGGACUACCUCGCCACUAGGAAACCGUACACUUUGUAAAAUCAAAAUCAAUUCUACAUAACUUACAAUAUACAUUAUGAUUGAAUGAAAUUUGUUCCUUUUGGG